GGGGGCAUGAGUCAGGGGUUUGUGAGCUGCCCCAGGGUGCGGGACAGAAGGCCAGGUACUGUCAGAGAGGGUGUGAGAUUCAGCUAGUCUGAACGGACACCUAGCACCCCAAGAUCUCUCCAAGGAAACCUAGCCAGCAAAAUAGCAGGUACCCCUCGCACGGGGUAUGCUGGGGCCGAAGCUGACGCUAGAGACUUGAACACCUAGAACCACACCAUGGAGAUAAACGAAUUGGUGUUGGAGGAGAGGCUGGAGAUUGAGGGCUAUGAUGACCCUGGGGCCCCUCCUCCCCAGGAGAUUGUGGAGGAACAAGCAGAUCACGAAGAGCAGCCGACAGCCGCAGACUACCAGACCACAUCAGACCCAGGCACCCACGAGGUCUAUGUAGAGCUGCAGGAGCUGGUGAUGGAUGGGAAGAACCAGGAGCUUCGAUGGAUGGAGGCGGCACGUUGGGUUCGACUGGAGGAGAACCGGGCUGAGGCCGGGGGUUGGGGUCGCCCCCACCUUUCUUGCUUAACCUUCUGGAGCCUCCUGGAACUACAGAAAACUUUUAAAAAGGGCACUGUGAUGCUGGACCUGUCUGAGACCACCCUGCCUGGGAUUGUCAACCAGCUUCUAGACCAAUUCAUCUAUGAAGGUCAAGUGAGGCCCCAGGACCGGGAUGUGCUGCUCAGGGCCCUUCUGGUUAAUCACAGCCAUGAGGGAGAGUUGGAGGCUCUGGGAGGUGUGAAGCCCACGGUGUUAAACCGCUCAGGAGAGCCCUCUGAGCCCCUGCUGGCCCAACAUCCCUCUUUGGAGAACCAGAUCUACUGUGAGCAGGGAGAGGGUUCCUCAGACCACCCAGGGCCAUCUCACAUCCUGGAGAAGAUCCCUCCUGACUCAGAGGCCACACUGGUAUUAGUGGGUCGUGCCUCCUUCCUGGAACAUCCCAUCCUGGGUUUUGUGAGGCUUCGGGAGGCGGCCAGGCUGGAAGCGGUGGACCUUCCAGUGCCUGUCCGCUUCCUCCUGGUGCUCUUAGGGCCUGAGACCCCUCACGUGGACUACACCCAACUUGGCCGGGCUGCUGCCACCUUAAUGUCUGAGAGGGUGUUCCGAAUGGACGCCUACCUAGCCCAUGACCGCAAGGAGCUAGUUCAGUCUCUUGAGGGUUUCUUGGACUGUAGUGUGGUACUGCCUCCCACGGAUGCACCCUCAGAGUCAGCCUUGCGCACCCUGGUACCCAUGCAGCAAGAAUUGCUUCGAAGACGCUACCAGCUCAGCCCCUCUAAACCUGAUCCUGACUUCUACAAGGGAUUAGACUUGAAUGGGGCUCCAGUGGGCCAGGAUGACCCCUUACAGAGGACAGGCCACCUCUUUGGGGGUGUGGCUCGGGACGCUCGGCGCCGGUACCCCAAGUACCUGAGUGACAUCACAGAUGCACUUAGCCCUCAGGUCCUCGCGGCUGUGGUCUUCAUCUACUUCGCUGCCCUCUCACCAGCCAUCACCUUUGGUGGCCUCCUAGGGGACAAGACUCAGAACCUGAUGGGGGUGUCAGAACUACUCAUCUCAACAGCAGUACAGGGCAUCCUCUUUGCCCUGCUGGGUGCCCAACCUCUGCUUGUGCUUGGCUUCUCAGGACCCCUGCUUGUUUUUGAAGAGGCCUUCUUUGGGUUCUGUGAAAGCAACAACUUCGAAUACAUCGUGGGCCGGGUGUGGAUUGGCUUCUGGCUGGUGCUGCUGGUGGUCCUGGUAGUGGCCUUUGAGGGAAGCUUCCUGGUGCGCUACAUCUCUCGCUAUACCCAGGAAAUCUUCUCCAUCCUCAUCUCUCUCAUCUUCAUCUAUGAGACCUUCUCCAAACUUAUCAUGAUUUUCCAAGAACACCCACUGAAGAGAGACUAUACCUACAAUGUGAGCUGGGUCCCCAAGCCCAGGGAGGCCCUGCCCAACACCGCCCUCCUCUCCCUCGUGCUCAUGGCUGGGACAUUUUAUUCUGCCAUCACAUUUCGCAAGUUCAAGAACAGCUCUUACUUCCCUGGAAAGCUACGCAGAGUAAUUGGAGACUUUGGUGUUCCCAUUUCCAUCUUCCUUAUGGUCGUGGUAGAUAUAUUCAUUAAAGACACCUAUACCCAGAAACUCAAAGUGCCCAAAGGCUUUUCAAUCUCUAAUGAAACUGCCAGAGACUGGUUCAUCCACCCCCUGGGCUUGUACAAGAUUUUCCCCCUCUGGAUGAUGUUUGCUUCUGCUGUGCCAGCUCUGCUUGUCUUCAUCCUCAUCUUCCUGGAGACACAGAUCACCACGCUCAUCAUCAGCAAGCCCGAGCGGAAGCUGAUCAAAGGUUCGGGUUUCCACUUGGACCUGCUGCUGAUCGUGGGUAUGGGCGGGGUGGGCGCCCUGUUUGGGAUGCCCUGGCUCAGUGCCACCACUGUGAGGAGCGUGACCCAUGCCAAUGCCCUCACUGUCAUGAGCAAGGCCAGUGCUCCCGGCGAUCGGGCUCAAGUCCAAGAGGUUAAGGAGCAAAGGCUCAGCGGACUCCUGGUCUCAGUGCUUGUGGGUGUGUCCAUCUUCAUGGAACCCAUUCUGUCAAAGAUCCCCCUGGCUGUUCUUUUUGGCAUUUUCCUAUACAUGGGAGUCACGUCCCUGAGUGGCAUUCAGCUCUUUGACCGAAUUCUGCUCCUCCUGAAGCCUCCCAAAUACCACCCUGAUGUGCCCUAUGUCAAGCGGGUGAAGACUUGGCGUAUGCACCUGUUCACUUUUAUCCAAAUCAUCUGCCUGGCAGUACUGUGGGUGGUAAAGUCGACACCGGCCUCCCUGGCACUGCCUUUUAUCCUCAUCCUCACCGUGCCCCUGCGCCGAUUCUUGCUGCCCCUUAUCUUUGGAAACUUGGAACUCCAAUGUCUUGAUGCUGAUGAUGCUGAGGUCACCUUUGAUGAAGAAGAAGGCAGAGAUGUGUAUGACGAAGUACCCAUGCCCGUGUGAGCUGGGAAGAUGAAGCUGGAUCCAAGAUUGCCCCAGACAUUCUCCCCUGCUCUCUCAGGGCAUGGACAUCUCCUUCAUUGCCACCGGUGUUAGGGAAGUCCAUACCUAUUCUGGAUGGAAACAGGGGACCCUGCACUGGCAAAGCACUCCCUUUGGGCCCAAGAUGACUGCCCAUUGCUAGGGUUGGGGAGCUGAAGAUACGGGAGGGGGUAAGGAGGAACUGCUAGGGAAAACUAUUAUUUAUAGGUUUGUUUUGCUACUUGUAUAUUGUGCCCCAAGGAAUUAAGAGCGUCAGGGGAAUCUCUCUGGCCCUCAGUUUCCCCAUCUGUAAAAUGAGGGAAUUAGACUAAAUAUCCUCUAAGAUUCUUUCCAGCUCUUAGUCCUGGGAUUCCUCAAUUUGUGUCCCUUUAGCCACACAUUCUUACACACACACACACACACACACACACACACACACAUCACUGUCAUACACACAUACACACAUGCAGAUACACACCUUCUCACACCUUCAUACAAUCAUAAAAACAUGGACAAUUAAGACUGGAAGGGACCUUAGACAGCAUUUCAUUCAAAUCUCUAAUUUUCUAGAGGAAACUGAGACCCAGAGAAAGGUACUUAUAGUUAGUUCAUGGAAGAACCAGGCCAGAAGCCUGUCUGCUAUUAUUGCCAGACUCCAAUUAUACACUGUGGGGCAUCUAAACAAUCUGCCAGCAGCUGCUGUGUGGCUUGGGACCAGACAGGAGUUGGGUAAGGGGGAAAUCUUGGCCUUCCUGCAUUCCUGUUUUCCCAGGCCUAUGCAACCUGGAAACUUCCUGACUGUCCAUCCCAUCUGAUGAACUUGGUGCUAAAAAGGCUUUGCCCCACAUCCGGGGGUGGGAGAGUUGGAAGGAGUGAUCAGGGCAAGAAUUUAGAAUGAUUUCACCACUUUCCUGCACACACUCCAGCAAAAAGUUAACUGAGCCUCCUCCAAGUAGCCUCAGUCAAUAGGAUUUAAGUGUGUGUGUGUACGUGUGUGUGUGUGUGUGUGUGUGUGUGUGUGUGUGUGUGUGUGUUGGGGAUGGGGGGGUAGGAGGGAAGAGCGGGGAAAGAUUUAGCCUUUGGGAAGAAAGAAAAUUUGACUAGGAAUAGAUGGUCAGAAAGAAUAGCAAAGGGGAGGUAGGGUUUGUAAUUUAUUGUGUAUUUCAUAAGAAGAGAUUUAAUCACAUUUUAGCUUUAACACCUGGGGAAUCAGGGACCUACCUCAUUCUCCUCAGCACAAACUUUUGGAAAGACAAAGAAUUGGGUGAGGAGAGAGUAGGAAUUCCCCCAGGAAGUAGGGAGGGACAAAUCUAUUUUUUUACAAAACAAAAAUAUAAAAAGAGUCAGAAGAACCUGUAAUUGGGGAGAAGGGCAACUCGGAAGAAAGACACAGUGACCUGGGGAUGAUGAUGAUACAUUUGGCUUCCAUUCCUGGAAGCUGAGCCCUCCUCUUUCCCAUCCCCCUUUCCCUGCUACUGCUGGGAAAAGGUGAUGAGGGGAUUACUCAAAGAAAACAACGAUCAAAAAAACAUCCUCUCCCAUUGCUUGUAAAUUUGUUUUGCCAAUAAAUCCAUUUUUUACUGCCUCUGAA